UUUAAUAUCCCAGGGCUGGGCCGAGUUUAAAAAAUAAACGAACACCGCAAACGGUGCAGGGGCCUUGCCGCGAAGCCCACGACGGUGGGUUUUCGCCGCAGGCCAGAGGCGGUGCGCUUCCACCAGCUCGCAGUCCAAAGAGGAAGCCCGAGAAGCUGCGCGCGACUUGUUUGUUUGAAAACUGAGUUGGGCGCGUCGGCCUCUUCCGAGGGCCGCUGGAGUGUCUGCAGCGUUUCCCGGGGGAGCCGCGGGGUCGGGAAUGCACCGAGCGGCUGGAUUCCUCACUCUGUGGCCCCCCACCCCUCACCCCCGAGCCCCAACACUCCAGCCUGUUGCUUCGUCCCCACCCCCUCCGCUCCAGGUCGGCUUUUCCCGGCAACUCCAGUGUGACUUCCAAACUCUUGGGCCCCAGGCUCACCUCGGGAUCUGCCUCCGCCUCCCGCCUGCUCCCCGAGGGCCUCUGGAAGUCGCCAGAGCCCUAGUCUUCGCCCGAGAAGUGCACUCCGGACCGCGGGCAGCGCUGCCGGCGGGGGCCAGCCCGCGGCGAUGAAGCCGUCCUGGCUGCAGUGUCGCAAAGUCACCGGCGCCGGGGGACUCGGGGGGCCCCUGCCAGGGUCCGCGCCGGCCCGGGGCGCGGGCACUGCCCGCAGGGCUUACUUGGCCCCCGGCCCGCGGGGCGCGCUCGGGGGUCGGGGCUGCCGAGCGCUGUCGUCGGCCGGCGGUGGCGGCGAGUACAAGACCCACUUCGCGGCCUCGGUGGCCGACCCCGAGAGGUUCUGGGGCAAAGCCGCCGAGCAGAUCAGCUGGUACAAGCCCUGGACCAAAACGCUGGAGAACAGAUACCCGCCUUCCACCAGUUGGUUUGUGGAAGGAAUGCUUAACAUUUGUUACAAUGCCGUUGAUCGUCAUAUUGAAAAUGGUCAAGGAGAUAAGAUUGCUAUCAUCUAUGACAGUCCUGUUACUGAUACUAAAGCAACUAUUACCUACAAAGAAGUUCUGGAGCAGGUCUCUAAGCUGGCUGGUGUUUUGGUCAAGCAUGGUGUCAAAAAAGGUGACACUGUGGUUAUCUACAUGCCCAUGAUACCGCAGGCGAUGUAUACCAUGCUGGCAUGUGCAAGAAUAGGAGCCAUCCACAGUCUCAUAUUUGGGGGAUUUGCAUCCAAAGAACUAAGUAGUCGUAUUGACCAUGCAAAGCCCAAGGUGGUUGUUACAGCAUCCUUUGGGAUUGAACCCGGACGGAGAGUAGAAUACAUACCACUUCUAGAAGAAGCACUGAGACUAGGACAACACAAACCAGAUCAUGUUCUCAUUUAUAAUCGUCCAAAUAUGGAGACCGUUCCCUUGGCUCCAGGUCGUGACCUUGAUUGGGAUGAAGAGAUGGCCAAAGCACAGUCACAUGAUUGUGUUCCUGUUCUUUCAGAACAUCCGCUGUAUAUUCUUUACACAUCUGGAACAACAGGGCUGCCGAAGGGUGUGGUUAGACCCACUGGGGGAUAUGCUGUGAUGCUAAACUGGACAAUGUCUUCUAUAUAUGGACUUAAACCUGGAGAGGUGUGGUGGGCAGCCUCUGACUUAGGCUGGGUUGUUGGACAUUCCUAUAUCUGUUAUGGACCUCUUCUACAUGGGAACACAACAGUUUUAUAUGAGGGAAAGCCUGUGGGAACACCAGAUGCUGGCGCUUAUUUUCGUGUGCUCGCGGAGCAUGGAGUAGCUGCCUUGUUUACAGCGCCGACUGCAAUUAGAGCCAUCCGUCAACAGGACCCUGGGGCAGCCUUGGGGAAGCGGUACUCUCUGACAAGGUUCAAAACGUUGUUUGUGGCUGGAGAACGAUGUGAUGUGGAGACCCUGGAAUGGUCCAAAAAGGUCUUCAGAGUACCUGUCCUAGACCACUGGUGGCAAACUGAGACUGGAUCCCCAAUUACAGCCUCAUGCAUCGGAUUAGGUAAUUCUAAAACCCCUCCUCCAGGACAAGCAGGAAAAAGUGUUCCGGGAUACAAUGUUAUGAUUUUGGAUGACAACAUGCAAAAACUGAAGGCUCGAUGUUUAGGAAAUAUUGUGGUAAAGUUGCCAUUACCACCUGGGGCUUUUUCAGGACUCUGGAAGAAUCAGGAAGCAUUCAAGCAUUUAUACUUUGAAAAAUUUCCUGGAUACUAUGACACCAUGGAUGCUGGUUACAUGGAUGAAGAAGGCUAUCUAUAUGUUAUGUCUCGAGUUGAUGACGUGAUAAAUGUUGCAGGUCACAGAAUUUCUGCAGGUGCUAUUGAAGAGUCGGUCCUCUCCCAUGGCAUGGUAGCUGACUGUGCUGUUGUUGGUAAGGAAGAUCCUUUGAAAGGUCAUGUCCCCUUAGCACUCUGCGUGUUGAGAAAAGAUAUUAAUACAACAGAGGAACAAGUUUUGGAAGAAAUUGUGAACCAUGUUAGACAGAGCAUUGGCCCUGUGGCUGCUUUUCGAAAUGCAGUGUUUGUGAAACAGUUACCCAAAACGAGAUCUGGAAAAAUUCCCCGGUCAGCUCUGUCUGCCCUGGUCAACGGCAAGCCGUAUAAGAUAACACCUACAAUUGAAGACCCCAGCAUUUUUGGGCACAUAGAAGAAGUGCUGAAGCAGGCAUCAUGACUUUCUUUUUUCCUAUUUUGAGUCAAUUUGAGUCAAUUUUCUAACUGGAGUCAAAUUUUUUGAAUUCUUUCCCAUAAAUAAAUAUUUAAAUAGAAAUUA